AUGGACCGAGGAAAGCCUACGCUUGAGGGCAUGCCUGUGGAGAUCCAGAUGGAGAUAAUGCGCCCCUUCUUGAGAGGCCCCUAUGCUAACAUGAUUGUCUUAUACCCGCUAGACUGCUACCGCUGGGACUUUGGCUUUGGCUCUUUGGGCAUCUUGAGCGUCUCAAAGCAUUUCUCUGCAAUAGCACUGAGUGUGCUUUAUGGGGAGAACGAUUUCUAUAUCUGGGGUCUUGAACGAGAGCUGGAGGAAUCUGACGAGUCGAAGGAGUGUGGCGAUGAGGAAGGACUCCUCACACACGAACGUCUCAAGUCUGUCCGUUGGAGCAACUUGAGAAACCUGCCAAAGGACCAGCUGACCACAAUAUCUGCUGUUGACUGCCUUGACUUGAUCUCGCAAACCCAGCCCGGUCAGGAGCGACUCAAGAAACUCGGCAUCAAAUUAACUCACUACGUCUUGAUGGUUUUUCUGGAAGGCUCAUUGCUCCGAAUCCUCAGGAGACUGCGUGGGCUACAAUCCCUUCAACUUCAGUUUGACGAGGCAUGGGGCGAGUUCAUUCCUAACAAGUCCUUACGAAUACCAGACUGGCCUGAGCGCUUUGGCCGCAGCUUCCUGCUUCUUAUAAAGAACGAGCUCGGCCACAUAAAGGCGAUCACGCUACCCGCAAACCCCUGGCCUGCUGACGCAGCUCAUAUUUCUGGCUGGAUCUCGCACGAGCUGGAAAAGAGGAAUGAGGCGUGGGUGCCACCUGCGCCGGCGUAUAUGAAUCUUCAUAGGACACCCUCUAGUAUUUUCGUCUUAGACCCGCAGAUCAUCAGGUUGCUUGCCAAUGCAGAAAUGUUUUACAGACGAAAUAGAGACAAAAGCCGCAUCCCGUGCCUCGAGGACGCCUAUGGGGUAUUUCCCUGA